UCAUAAUGGAUUGUUAUCAAAAUGCGUUGAGUGUUUGACUUCAUUUCGUAUUGUCAGUUCCCUCGCAUAUCUCAGCGUGAACAGGAGGAAACGCUAGCUCUCAAAUACACUGGAUCAUUAAGUCCUCGUUUUCAUCUCCGAAAAUAGUCACGUUUAUUAGUGGAACAAGACCAAGUGCUAGGGUUCACGUAGCUUCUACAGUUUGGUGCGUGCGUAGUUCCCAACGACAAAGAGAUGUCUAGGUCUGGUCCAUCUGUCCGGGCACUGCUAAGAGAUUUUUCUGACCGGACAAGUUGCCAUGGGAUCGGCCAGAUCAACGGAUCACAUUCGCCGACCUGGCGGAUAUUCUGGCUGCUGACUUUCCUGGCCGGUCUUGGAAUGGUGCUGUUUCAGUGCAUCACAUUGCUUGGCAUUUACUUGGACAAACCAACAGCUACGUCCGUCGACGUCACUUAUGAUGAGGUGACAAACUUCCCGGCUGUGACCAUCUGCAACUUGAACAUGAUCAAGAAAAAAAACCUGGCAAACUUUACUCAGUCAAAAAAAAUAUUUGACGAUUUUGAAGCUUUUGUCAGUUCCAAUUCAAGCAUGGACUCAUCGGCCUUCUUGGGCAGUAAGAUGGAGACGGUACUCAAAGAUCGUCUCUCAAUGGAUAGUAACGAUGGAAGUAACUCCGUCUCUUUAGAUGACACUUCAAUGGACACAGAACUCUAUGUCGAGGAUAUGCUCAUAAGGCACAUGGCGAUGGUCGAUGACAAGGAUUUGAUAAAAGCAGGACACGAGUUUGACGAGUUGGUGUUUCGUUGUGUCUGGAACGGUUUCACAUGCAACAAAGGGGGUUUCAUGAAAUUCUGGCGCCGUUUUUGGCACUGGCGAUACGGUAACUGUUAUAUCUUCAACCAAGGCGUUGACGAAAACGGAACAUUGCUUGCACACCUGACAUCCUCAAAACCAGGUCCUAUGUACGGUUUGACUUUGGAUUUGUUUAUCGAUCAAGAGCAAUACCUUAUUCCCCUUUCGCAAGAGGCCGGCGUCAAAGUUUUGCUAUCUGAUCAGAGAAAUGUCCCUUUUCCUUUUACUGACGGCUUCUCUGUUCAACCCGGCGUCUCGGCCUCUGUCGGGAUUCGCAAGCUUGUGAUCAACCGAAUUGAUCCAUUCAAUAACGGCAGCUGUUACUCUGGCGAUGGGCUCGAGAAAGAUAAUAUCUACAGUAAACACAAAAGCCUCAAGUAUUCCGUACAGGGUUGUAUGUCCUCUUGCCUCGCCAAUUCUGAAUUCAGUAUUUGUAACUGUACUGAGGGAAAGUUCCGGGUCAAGGGAAGACCAUGCAUGUCCGAGUCGGAAGUGAAGUGCUUGAACACUGUUAAUAAGAUGUACGAGAAAGGAACGUUGGGCUGUACCAGGAAAUGCCCGCAGCCCUGCAGUCAUUUUUCCUUCAGAAGAACUAUUUCACAGUCGCAAUGGUCGGAAUCAUACGAGCAAACGUUUCAAAAAAUGGUCAUGAAAUCCGGCAAAGGUUUCGACAAGAAGAUGCGAGACGCAAGUGUUUUAAGGCAAAACUUUCUCCGAGUCAAACUGUUCUACGAGGAGUUGAACACAGAAGCCAUCACCUACUCCCGCUCCUAUACGACCGAGAGCUUUCUUGGCGACGUGGGGGGUCAGCUUGGUCUGUGGAUCGGAGUGUCGGUGAUCACGUGUGCGGAGUUUUUCAAGCUUUUGAUAGACGUCGUCUGGUGUCUAGCGAGAAAAGUGCACGGGGGCCCGAAAAAAACAGUGAGGGACCUGAACAUGAAUUAGACAAGCCGCAGUCUGGAACCUCGUCUUUAAAAAUAAAACAACACUUUUCAGCGCUCUGUCGCUGAGACGCGAUUACGCUGUAUACUAUAUAAACGGAAAUACAAUACACCAAAAACUGGUAUUCGACUCUGCCAAACUUUUGUCUUUAAUAAUACUUCAUGGCAGAUGAGAGGGUGUAGUAGUAGACGCGUGUACAGUUCAUUGGGGCAAUAUUACAGAGUAGAACAUGAAGUUCGAUAGUAAUCGAGAAGCUUGAACCACUGUAGGGUGCGCUCCUUCUAUACCAUGCGAUCGGAGCUGGAUAAGUAGACGUACGAAAUCCAACUAUUGGUUCGUAAGAUUCUAGAUUUUUCUGUCAUGUUCAAAUGGUUGUCGUGAUUGAUCGGGCAUAGGGGUUCAGUUUUGUUUGUUGUUUUGUUUUCCUUUGAUAUACGGGUGAGAUGGUUGGGGGGAGAUGGGAAAGGGAGAAAAGUGUAAUGAAAAAUCUAUAAUAAUUAAAGAAAGAAAAGUGAAUAACAAUACAAA